AUGGAAUCCAAAGUCAAACCUUGGUAUAGGAGGAAGCGUACGGACCAAGUCAAAACUGAUUAUGCUUGCUGUCACACUCAGUGUGUUGUCAAGCAGCAGACAGAAAGGUAUGAAGGUGGCGCUCUCCUCCUGCUGCUUUGCACAGCGCAGCUCUUAUUGGCCUGCUUUGCCAGGUAGAGCGUCGGACAUCUAUAGAGCUUCGAGCUGCUGCUGCCGGAGGUUCCUCUCCGUCCUGCUACACAUGCUUCAGAGCUGGCUGUCGAAGGUUGAAACUAUGCAAGGCCUGAGUUUGGUUGAUGAAACAGUCUGUAGAAAAAUCACAAAUCUGCAAUUUCUAGGCAACCGUUUUUCCAGCUGUUGAUCCAGGAACCUGAAGAACCUAAAAGGGAAGUGAUCUGACACCCGUACAGAAGAACUUCAGACCUCUAAAGGGUGUCAGAGACAGUUUUUCAGGUUACAAACAAGUGGAGACCUCUGGUGUCCAAAAUUCAGCCAAUGGUGUGCAAACGCUGCAGUUCCUCAAGUGUCCACUGGGGGUUGGUUCCAAAAGUGGGUCAGUUCCCACAGAAACAGUUUAAGUUUCCAUACGUUCUUUCUUUAGUGUUGAAAAAUUCACAGUGAGUGAUAUUUUCAUCACUUUUCUGUUCGGUUUCAGUUUAGAAACAGAUCCGUAAUCGUAAAAAUUUACAGGCCAUUGGAUUUGACAGAAAAGGAGGAAGGGGAGUUAGAAGAAGAACUUUAUUGAACCCUGAAGGGAAAUUCAGUUAGACAGAGAGGCUGUGGACCAAACUCUUGUAGGUUCCUGGUACUGCAUGAAACACGGACAUAGUCCUGAAGCUCUGUGGUGGUGGACGCCAUAUUGGGAAUGCUGACUCAGACCCUGGGGUGGGCUUUUAGUCUCCUGGCAAACAGCUUCUGCUGAAGGUUCUUGGCUGGUUUUGUGACUUGGGUCUUCAGGACCACGCUUGUAUUUGACUAGAUUGCUGCUACACGCUUCAUAGAAAGCACCGGUAGACUUGGCUCUGCUGUUUAAAGUCGUCCUGCUGAGAUGGAUGUAGAAGUUCGAGGCUGCAGUAGAUCUGUCGUCAACGGUGGUCUGAACAAAACAGGAAGCAGUCUCAAGUCCGAGACCUGAGCCACCGUGGACAGAGAGAUGUGGUCAGGAGGCUCCUGUCUUACGUCAGAGGCCACAUGCCGCUCCUUUGACCCUGACCCACAUCUGAGGCCAGCUGAUGAUACUGAUACUGGUCCUGAACAAGGUUCCAGUGAAGUUCUCCAUGAGAGUGACUGGAAAAGUCAAACCCAGAGACCCGACUGUCUUUGAACGUCAGAUCGACCCGUAUCCUCAUGGAUCCAGUUUCAGUCUGGUUCUGUUGUCUUCUGUCAUAUCCUGGAUCCUAGAUGUCGGACUUGGCCUAAGUCCAUCAAAAAUACAGAGAGGGGGGGCGGCUGGGUCAGGAAAUGUAGUCCAGGUCUCUGAAGUAGGAGUGAAGCUCUGGUGUAACUGUUACAGUGAAACUGAGACUCUCUAAAAAUAGAUUCAUGAGUACGACUCUGGGAACGGGGAAAGACAAGACAACUGAGUCCAGGAUGAACUUCAGUGUUUAGGUUUUUAUUAUAACCAUCAUUCCAUACUCAAACCCACAGCUGUUUUUCACUCUGACAUCAUCACAUAUGAAUGAAUGAGUCUUUUACCUCACGUUUGUUUUUAUCCAAUCAGCAUGGCUGUUAUAAAACCCUGCGCUGACUUCAUGAUCGUAUAUUUUAUAUUCGUUUAUAUUUCCCUUCUCUUAAAAAAUGUAGUUGUGUUUUAGUAAACUGUACGAGUUAAUGAGACUGUUUUCAUUUGAGAAUCACAGAAAUAAUAAAUUCUUAUUUCACCUGAAGAACUUCCUGGUGAACCUUUAAGAUAAAACUGCAGGAGUGAAGAUGUGUUAUUAAAGACGAACUGGGAUUAGUUAUAACUCGUACAUGUUAUAAGGCAGGGCUUGUCACUAACUUUGUUCACAUGUUCUCCUGAGUUAAAUAAGAAAGGAGCACACAAAGAACUUUAGAGGAACAAUGAAAAUUCAUUUAAUAAUGUUUGUCUUAUUGUCCGACCUUAGUACUAUUAUUUGAAAUAAAUUUUAGGUCUUUUGGUCACAUGACAUGGAAGCUACUGAAGGAAAACAGCCUUUCUGAGAACAUCAACCGGUCAUUUAUUGAUGGUCCCUUAUCUAACACCUGACGUUGACAGCGAGGACCCCGAGUAGAUUUAACGCGCUGCUGUUGUUACUCCCGGUUGUGGAGAGUGAGAAGACACCAGUAGACCCUCAGUGAAUGUCCGUCGAAUAUCCAACCUCAAACUAACUUCACUGCCGUAUUUACAUGAAAAAACAUUUGUUGUUUUUUUUUCAUGUGCACAUGUGACCCCUAAUACAUUUUACAAUUCGCACACAUCUAUUUUUAGUCACAAAUGCGAGUGAAACAGUCGCACUGUCGAGUCCUAGGAGGGUUUCUACCAAGUCUUGGACCCAGACUGGUUUGUGAUCUCUCUCUCUGGGAAGUGGAAGUCUAAUUAUCUGAUGAGGCGUCCGUGGGAGAAGGUCAAGGAUUAUGUCCGAAUGACUGGAUCCGUCCUGAGUUUCUAGUCUGAAGGACCUCCAGGUGGUCUCUGCUGAUCAGGUUUACAGACACGGGUCAUUCGGGGUUCUGGGUGAAAACUGUUUUUUGGAGAUCUGGACUUUUUCUAAAGCAUGUUUGAUAACAGAGAACUUCCUCCCAACAGGAAAUCAAGCUCUAAAUCGGUGAGCAAGGUGCAGGCCCAGGCCACAGAGGCUAUGGCGGAACCAGCGUACACCAUACCGGCGUUCCGGAAGAGGUGAGUUCCCAUUGGCUGCCGUCAUGUGUGAGGUAAUACUGAACUACAGACCCCAUGAGCUCAGCCCGAUCCAGACAAUGUUACUCCAUUUUUCAGAGACUGUGAUGUGAACUGUGAACUGGGCUGGUUACCGUGGGAGACUCGGUCUUUAUUCCUCAUUUUAAUGAACUCUGUAAUGCUAAAUGCAUUUUUCACAGAGAUCCUCUUCACAGUGACGUUUGUGUGUUUGUAGGACUGAGGAGGGGACAGAGGAGUACCAGCGGGUGAGCACCAAUGUGGAGAGAGGACUGAUUGUUAUUCAGGAGGAGCUGAAGAGGAUGAGGGUGGCUACCAAGGCCACCGUGGACAGUCUGGAGAUCCAGAGACAGGUGAGGAGACAACCACAGGUUUUACGUUCUUGCUCAGACUGAUGGUGAGGUCAAAGUUCUCUGUGACCUUCUGUGGAGGAGCUUCUGCUCGUCCAGCUCUUCAGUCCUUCUUACUGUGAAAACAUGCUGGCGUUGGAGGGGUUAAUAAUCGCUGUUUCUCUCCAUCUGAAGGUGAAGUCCAUGAUGGUGAAGAGACCCGACUUUUUGGACGAUCUCCCCAAGCUGCCGGACUUCCUGGUGGCUCUGCGUCCUCACACCGUGUGGGAGAAGACCCCCGUGAAACUGUUCUGCACCGUCCAGGGGAACCCACGACCCAUCGUCCAAUGGUCAGGACCCCCCGCCGACACAGUCGGGGCUGAAACCAAAAAACAUGAACACCUGACUAAACUGACUGACUGUUGACCAUCUGUCCGACUGUGUGUUGACUAUUGACUGACUCUUUACUGACUCUUGUAUGUCUGUUGACUGUUGACUGUCUGUUGACUGUUGACUGACUGUCUGUUGAAUCUUGACUGAGUGUUGACCAUCUGUUGACUGACUCUUGACUGUCUGUGGACUGUCUGUUGACUGUCUGUUGAAUUUUGACUGAGUGUUAAGCAUCUGUUGACUGUCUGUUGACUGUCUGUUGAAUUUUGACUGAGUGUUAAGCAUCUGUUGACUGUUGACUGAAUGUUGACUGACUCUUGACUGUCUGCUGACUGUCUGUUGACUGACUGUUGACUGUCUGUUGACUGACUGACUGACUGUUGACUGACUGUUGACUGUCUGUCGACUGUUGACUGCCUGUUGAUUGUCUGACUGACUGACUCUUGACUGUCUGUUGACUGAAUGUUGACCGUUGACUGUCUGUCGACUUUUGACUGAGUGUUGACCGUCUGUUGACUUUUGCCUGACUCUUGACUGUCUGUUGACUGUCUGUUGACUGAGUGUUGACUGUCUGUUAACUGACCGUCUGUUUACCGUCUGUUUCAGGUAUAAAGGAGGCGUUCCAGUCAACCCUGUGAACGCUCCAGGAAAGUACAAGAUAGAAAACAAGUAUGGCGUCCACAGUCUGAUUAUUAGCAGGUGAGAAAGUAGCACUGAGGUAUAACAGAUCUGGUGUUUUAUUGUCUAUGAUUUUCAGUGUUCAGUAUAGCAGCUCUGGUGUUUUAUUAUCUAUGAUUUUCAGGAACUUUGAACCUUUGUUAAUAUCGAAGUAAAGGAGGAUCAGAGAAAGCGUGAAUUUUAAUUAGAGUGUUGAAGAAGUGUAGAAGAGGAGGGGGACCUGGUUCAGAUCACAGCGGUCUCUGUUAUUUAUCGCUUCUUCACUCUUGGACCAAGUUUGAUGGAAACCAGCCAGAAGUUUUGGAGUCAUCCUGCCAACGUUCAGGCUGAAGGGGAAACAGUCAGUCAAAGAGCUCUGAAAUGUGACGCCCCCGGCAGCAGAGACAACAGAACCUGUAAUUAUGACAUGUUCAGCUCUCUAUCUAUACGGUUUAUGACAGAUAAUAAAAGUAGAGUUUAAGAGGAGAGAGGAAGGGAAGAAGGAAGGGAAGAAGGAAGGAAGGACGGCUGUGAGUUUGAGGGUUAGGUCUGAACCGGCUGGUCCAUUCGUCAUCUUCAAGACUCCUCAGCUGUUGGUGUGGAAGUGCUGACCUUUGCGUCAUUCGAGCCAUGAAUUCCCCUCUCUCACUCUCUCUCUCUCUCUCUCUCUCUCUCUCUCUCUCUCUCUCUCUCUCUCUCUCUCUCUCUCUCUCUCUCUCUCUCUCUCUCUCUCUCUCUCUCUCUCUCUCUCUCUCUCUCUCUCUUUCUCUCUCUCCCUGAGGUGUUGAAUUUCUUUAGCCUUCCUUCGUGACAUUACGGCGUUAUUGCGGCGUCUGUUUGAGGUUAAAAUCUUGGAUUGUUCUGAGAAGGUCUCAGUGAAAAGAGGACCACAGUCCCAGCUCUGGUCCUUCAUCUGUGCUCUUUAAAAUAGUUUGGUCCGGGGUGAAGGUCACAUUUCUUACUUCUAUUCUCGACCUCAGACUUCUGUUUGGUUCCUGUUUGGUUCUUGUCACCAGCCUGUGAACCACUUCUGUCCACCUGUGUGAGAUCAUAACGAACAGUUAUCAUUAAUACCAGUAAACUGGGCCAGUGUUCUGCCCAGUUGUCCUACCUUAGGAUGAAAUGACAGACUUGUCUGCCGAUCUGUGCUACCUUGUCAGAAAAUCCAACUGCUUCCCGUUUUGUUUAUUUUCUCUUUUUUUAUUUUUUUAUUUCAACGGCUUUGUUCAUGCAAAUAGAGCACUAAAACACAGACUGACUUCGUGGAUUGAAAUAAAAUGUACAUUUGUGCAGGAAGUCAGAUUAUUCUUCCACAUAGAUACCAGCUCUAUGUGGAAGCAUAAUUUUAUGUUUUUUCUACCUCCUGAAACGUCCUACCUGUAUAUUAAUGCUCAUGUCUGCGCCACAUGUCAAAGCGCUUACUUGAACAGGGCGAUUCAGUAGUGUACAGUAGUCAAUAGGUGGUUAAAUUUGUUCAUUUAGCUGCACAUAUACUGCGUGACAGACAUAGUUCAUACAAUAACACCACGCUUAAACAGCUCAUACAGACAGUUUUACUUUUCAAAACAACCUGACACUCAAUCAGGACUUAAUCAAAGGCUAGAAAUCUGUAUCGGGUUAUAUUCUAAGAGAAAACGCUAAAAUCUUACCGCUUUUCUCAAUGAACAGCUGAUCGGUAGGAUGAAUCUAUGACAAAGCACACAAAAUUACAUUUCGGACUUGUGCACAUGUGCAGUGAGGCAUGGUAGGACAUCUCGACGGGUCGGAUGGAUCUACAGAACACCGGUCCGAAUCCCAGUGAACAUUAAGUCACAUCUCAGAGAUCGAGCGCUGACCUCUGACGGCAGAGGUCAAGUUUGAAACCUUUGUACCUGCGAGAACGGGUCAUGUGACCUGAUUACUGUGUGUGCAUCUAACCAAUGACUUCCCAUGAUUCCAUGCUGUCUGGUCCUGCAGGUGUGUUGUAAGUGAUACCGCCGAGUACAGCGCCGUGGCCACCAACCCUCAUGGCACGGCAACCAGCAAAGCCAUGGUCAUUGUGAAGAGUAGGACUUUCUUUCUCUAAAGUUAUUCUCACAUCUCUCUAGAUUAUUGUUCUUUUACUAAUCCCGAGGUUCUUCUCUCCUCAGGACCAGCGGGGGCCGGGGACCUCUGUCAUCUUGGACUAGGUGAGGAGAGACGGGGGUUAGGAUGUGUUAAAUUCUGGUUGGAUUCAGGCCCAGACACCAAGAGUUCAUGGGAUCUGUUAGCUAAAAUUAGCCGAGCAUGUGAGGGUCUGAUAAGACGUGGAAACUAUUGUGAGGAGAAGGAGGAGGAGGAGCUGUUGUCCUCCAUGUCUGCUGCCAGCACAGAAACCAGGUCAACAACAACAACAGGAACAGGAACAUGUGUCCUCAUCAAUGUCUGUCCCAAACUAACUCAGAGUCUCCUCUCUUAUCAAUCAAAAAAGUUAUCAAUGAAGAAGAAUCAGCUUCUUCUUCUUCUUCAGCUGUUCUCCUUUUCCAGUUUGAGUCCAACACCGGACAAAAGACUGACAAAGAGGAACCACCAAAACAAAAGCAGAACCUUCACCUGUCACAGGAAACAUCCUCCAUAAUGAAGAUACUUUACUUCCUGUCUAGUGCCCCACCUGACUGAGAUCCACGCCAGUAAGCUGGAGGUGACCCUGCUGGACCAUUUCCACGUGUCCUUUGGCGUGGAGGACGGUUCUAUCAGCUUGGUGUGCGGUAUGGUGGUGGUCCCCGACCUCCCCAACGUCCCCCCAAUGGCCCAGUGGUACAGAGACGGUAAGACGUCCAAUCAUGUUAGUUCUUGUUGGCUCCUCCCACUUUUUCAGACUCUGGUUAAACUCUGGUUUCUUUGUGUUCCCGUCCCUCCAUCAGAUAAGCUGCUCAAACCCAGUAAGCUGGUGCAGAUGUCUGUGGGUGGAGGCUCCGCCCGUCUGACUCUCCCUCAGCUGGCCAAAGACGAUGAAGGCCUCUACACCCUCCGCGUCUUCACCAAGGACGGCACCGCUGAGCACAGCGCCUACCUCUUUGUUUCAGGUACGACCGCUCUGCAGGACAAAAAUAUCGUCAAAUAUCAUAGAAUAUAUCAUGACAUAUAUCGUCAAAUAAAGUGUCAAAUUUAUCUAAUGAGACAUGAUGUCAGUCUGGAUCAUUACCAGUCAGACUUGUAGGACUGAACUUAAACCUGGACCUGGGGCGAAUGUCCCCUCAGCAUGUAAAAGGUUCAUAGAGUCUGCUGAAGGUUCCUGCCCCCUUUGAGCACAGGAUCCUGCAUGGUUCUGGUUCUGGUUCUUAGGAUGUUAAUCUUAAACUGGGUUAAACUGCGAAAAACUUUAGUCUAAAACUCAAACUCUGCCUGUUCAUCCUUAUUUGUGUUUAGGAUCCUUGCUUCCUCCCUCAGUGCCUCAUGUCCUUGUUUCCUCACUCCCUAGAUGCCGCCCCCUCUAAGCCCGGAGCCCCUGGAGCACCGAUGAGCGUGAAGGCCUAUGACAUCAACGCAGAAUAUGUCCUGGUCGCCUGGAAACCCCCAAACACCGUCAACGAGCCGCCCAUCACCGGAUACUUUGUGGACCGGUCAGUGCGCUCCUGGAGAACUCUUCAGGUUUCCUUUUUUUAGCUCCAAGCUGACGCACCGACACAAACACAGACGCUGCACCUGUGGGGUGGGAGGGGAUUACCGUGUUUUUAAAGCGUGGUUGAUGAUCUGAGAAGCAGUUGAAAAAAACAAGUUGUUGCCUGGACAGCUACCGUGUUGACAUUGCAGAGACUAAUAAGAGUUAUUAAUGUAACAUGUGCCACGACAAAAACUCUGCGGUCUUGGCGUCUGUUUUCAGGACCAAAUCCUGGAGGAGCUUUCUUCACAGCUCCAAGGAUGACCCGAUGUUUAUUCGAGUUAGAUUCCUCGCUUUGUCACAUUUCCUCUUUGUCUCCGCCCUUUCUUGCGUUUUCUUCCCACUUUUGGCGGUGGGGCGAGCAGAAGUGGGUUUUUUUGCGUCCUUUUCCAACACAGCUCCUGUAGCUAAGCUGCUACGCAACUUUUAGCCGCUCAGAGCUCCACGGAGGGCUGGGAGAGUGGGAGGGGACGAGUCCAAACUACGGAAGAGGGGUGUGUCGAAUAUAGUGAGGUGAUUGGAUGGAGAGGCGGAGCAGGAGAUUGGCCAAUAGGAGCUGUACGGAACGGAUAGCUCCCAUUGGUCAAUGUUUUUGCAGCCCUGCACCUGAUAGGGUGAACAGAUUUUUUCCGUUCUUUUUUCUCUUCAAUUUGCGGAGCUCGCACUAUAGGACCAUGAUCGCCAUAGAAACGAGGUUCAUAAUAAUAACCAAUCUCUACAAUCGUCAAACAUGCCUUUAAUACACAAAGUGAACAACACUGGUCCCGGGAUCGAUCCCUGUGGUUCUCCACUGUUACAGUCAAUUGUGUCGGUGUUUCUCGAGGUGGUUUCCUGUGACUGACGCUGUUUUUUCUCUGGGUCUGCUGCACAGGUGUGAAUUUGGCAAAGACACCUGGGUCCAGUGCAAUGAUUCCCCAGUGAAGGUGUGUAAAUACCCGGUGCACGGCCUCAGCAAGGGACACUCCUACCACUUCCGGGUCAGGGCUGUGAACAGCGCCGGCACCAGCAGGCCAUCCCGUAUGUCUGACAAGGUGACCGCCCUGGACGAAGCAGAGAGCGAGAAGCUGCAAGGUAGCGAGGAAGGUAAAUCCAAGAUCUGUCCCAGCGGGGUGUGACUGUUUCCUAACAGGUCUGUGGUUUUCCUGAAACAGUGAUCCAGAUCGAAGGAAAAUACGACAUAGUGAUCAGAGACGAUGACCUGGAAGGUAGGGUCGCUUCACAAAGACUGAUCCGGGUCCAGUGAUUCACUUUUAAUCCAAAAACUUAACUCACACCUUUAAACCCUUCUUAGUCCCAUCAUAGCUGAUCCACCAUCAACUCCUGACUAAACCUGAUACUAGGUUUAAGAGAAAAAGAGAGAUAAUAAUCCUCACCCACCACAAAAAAAACAACCAUGACAAUACUGAUAAACAAAAAUAUGAAUGAACCUCUUUGUCGUGAACUCCUCCCCCUCCCUGAAGUCUCUGGUCUAACUCCACCUCCUCUUGUAGUCCUUAAUCCACCGUAGUUUCCCCUCCAAUUAAGCCACAUCUAGAGUUCCUGCUGACCCACCAAACCACAGAGACUUAAACACGCCAACAUGAUCUGUGUCCACAUGAGCUGCUGUGGAAGUCCAGCAUUAUCACAGCUGUCUCUAAAUUAGAAUUAAAUUAAUAAAUCAUUAAAUUAAAUCAUAAAUUCAAAAAUUAUACCAUAAAGUGUUCCAGAGACAGCUCCAUAAUGUGGGACUUGUGUUUCCUCUGAGCUUCACCCCUUCACUCCUGAUCCAGGAUACGUGACUCUCCCGGGAGAGCCCACCAACGUUUACGUGUCCGAAAUUUACAAAUCAUUUGUGGUGCUGAGCUGGACGCCCCCCAGCCCCCGUGGACCUGCUCCGCUGUGGUACAUCAUCGAGAAGGUGUGUGACCUUUCACCUUUAGUUUCUAUUUACAUCAACGGAGCCGAACGAGAAAACUUUAUUCAGUCAAAGAUACAAAAAAUAAAAAUAAAACAACCUCUUAACUUCAGCAAGAAACCAUCUUAUGAACUGAACUCAGUCUGAAUCUGAAUAAGUCAUUUUAAAUAAAACAGACUGUCAUCAGGGAAACCACUUCACAACAUAAAUGCAUCAAUAUAAAUAUAUAAAUACAUCAGUAUAAAUAUAAAUACAUACAUACAAAUAUGAAUAUAAAUACAUAAAUCUAAAUAUAGCCUAAUAAAAUAUAUUAAUGAAUAUAAUCCCACAAUGAUAGUGAUAAAAAUAAAAAAUAAAAGUAAAAAAAAAUAAAAGAAAUUUCAAAUAAUCUAAAAGAGGAAAUAAAAUAAAAUUUAACAUUUAAAGUUUAAAGAUUUAAUAUUCUUGUAAUUCAAACAUGACCUCAAUAAAACAGUUUGAAUUUUAAAUUAAAUUUACUGUAAUUAACAAAAAAAAAAAAAUCCAUAUCUAAAAAAAAAAAGAAAAGAAAAAUGGAAAAAAAAACAUAAAAUUAUGACUGUGAAUAAAAGAGGAAACCAGAAUAUGAGUUUUAAGAAGUCUUAAUAUGAUAAAAAUAAAAAAAAUGUUAAAUUUCUAAAUUUAAUAUAUUAAUUUAAAAAAGGAAAAUGCCAAAUUAACAUUUCCAAAGUUCAGAGAAGGCCUCAGACAAUAAUUUAAAUUUCUGUUCACCUAAAAUCAGUUCCAAAUUUAAACGCUGUCAUUAUCAACGUGACAUUUCUGAUGUUUGCUGGCACUUUCUUCAGAUAUGUUCCUCAGUUUACGCUGAUCUUAAAGGACACCAUGAGUCCAGAUUUGACAUAGUUCAGACUUUUAUCUCAAAACAUCAGAUCCUCUUCACGUAUUUACUGUCACUUUGUUGACGACCAGAACCGCUCCCUGAAGGUCCCUCUCUCUGUUUGUGGUCAGUGCUUAGCGGGUACGGGAGCGUGGCAGCGGAUCAACACAGCCGUCAAACUUUGCUCCCCUCGUUACCCGAUUUACGAUUUACACGACGGAGAAAAGUACCAGUUCAGAGUUUACUCGGUCAACAGGUUUGGCUCCAGCGAGGCCUCAGUGCCGACUGAGCCCGUCCAAAAGGUGGACGAGGACGGUAAGAAACUGAACAUUUACUCAGACUUUUCUGCAGAGCUCCAAGUUUGUGGAGCCUCCAAAGGUUCAUGAAACAUCAGAGCUGAGUUACAGACAAACUCCUGCUGACGGGUCAUUAAAAGUGAAUCACUGUCUGUUUCAGGUACCGAGGUUCCGGUUGGUAUGUAUGUUCAGGUGUCUGAGUGUUCCUUUAAAGCUCUGUUUGACCUCACAGCUUCAUUCACCUCCUCACUGUUGGUUGGUGUGUCCUCACCGUGACUGGAGGUCAGAGCAUGCAGAAGAACAUCACAGACACACCUGUUAUGAAUGCAUGAAUGUUUAAUGAGACCCAAGAGUGAGUGUUGAUCUGCAGAAGUUCCUGCUGCUUCCUGAACCCAGCGUCUCCUCAGAUCCAGGUUCUAGAUCCACAGCGUGCAUCUCCUUGGACCUCUGGACUGGCAGAGGUCAAACUGAACCUUUCUGCUCUCUCCCGCACAGGUGUGCCCUCUGCUCCAGGAACCAUUGUGGCCUCCAGAAACACCAAGUCCUCCGUCUUCGUUCACUGGGAAGCUCCCAAAGCUCAGAAGAACCUGAUGGGGUACUACAUUGAUGGGCGUGUCGUCGGGUCCAAGGAGUGGUUCCCCUGCAACCACAAACCCUUCAAACACACCAGGUAAGUUCUCGAUCUGCAGGUCUGCAAAAAACUGAAACGAACAACACAAAACCUCCAACUGACGACAAACCGAGGAGCAGAAUCAGAACUUUACAGAGUUUGUUUGAUUUUUCAACUCCUGGACUCCUAUGUGUUCUGUCUCUGUGACCCCAAGACUCUGGAAAGACUCCAAAGACUCUGUAAAGACUCUGUAAUGGAUCUAAAGACUCUGUAAAGACUCUUAAGACUUUGUAAAGACUAAAGACUCUGCAAUGACUCUGUGAAGACUCUGUAAAGACUUUGUAAAGACUCUAAAGACUCCGUUAGGACUCUAAAGACUGUAAAGACUCCGUAAAGACUCUGUAAUGACUGUUUAGACUUUAAAGACUCUGUAAAGACUCUAAAGAUUCUGUUAAGACUCUUAAGACUGUAAGAAAUCUAAAGAUUCUGUAAAGACUCUGUAAAGACUCUGUAAUGACUCUGUAAUGACUUUGUAAUGACUCUGUAAAGAGGUUUCGGUGUCAGGUUUUGUUGUGUGUUUUCUUCCGGACAUAUUGAUACACAAAGAUUCUCCUGGUCUGGUCUGUGUCUCAGGUUUGUGGUCCACGGUCUGCUCCCUGGAGAGACUUACGUCUUCCGUGUCCAAGCCGUCAACGUGUUCGGCCUCAGUGACGAGUCUCAGGAGUCCACCCCCAUCUCUGUGGUGCCCGCUCUCGGUAAGGACCCCCCUUUACAAAAAAAAAAAACUUUAUUUGAAUAAUUUAAAGACACCGUCGGCGCCUGAAGGGUCUCUGAAAAAAAACUCAAGUUUCAAACUUUGAUCAGCUGUUUAAAAACGGUGACGUUUAGUAAAUGUGAUUAUUUCAUCCAGGUAAAGGGGUGGAGUACGGUAUGUACCAAAAGGUGUGUUUACCUCCUCCCACCUGACCCACUCACUGCUCCUCCCACUCUGUCACCUUUCAGUGUUUUUGUCACGGCACAGUGGAAGUGAACCGCACUGAUAAAACUCCAACUGUUGUUUUCCUGAUCUCAGGAUUAGAUUCGAUGAAAAUUUUCUGCAUGUCGUUGUAACUCUGUGUUCUUGUUUAGACACCUCAGAUUUGUGUCACAGUGAAUUUUAAAUAAAAUAAACAAGAUAACCGUCUCAAACUCUUAUCUGUGACGCAGCGACUCCCAGCGCUCCCUACGGCAUCACCCUGCUGAGCAGCGACGGCGCCUCCAUGACCAUUGCCUGGAAGAAACCCAAACACACCGGCGGCUCCCAAAUCAACGCUUACUACAUCGACAGGAGGAACGCCGACACCUUGGCGUGGAAGGAGGUCAACCUGCAGGCCGUCACGGAGAGAGUCUGCACCGUGAGUGAGACGAAGAUCCAAUCAGGGGGACGGCGACGUCUGUUAUCAAAGAUCUUCAGAUGGAAGGACCUCACUCACACUUUCUGUAUUUUUAGAUUGAAAACCUGACGGCGGGAAACUUCUACGAGUUCAAGAUCCAGGCCGCCAACAUGGCCGGCGUGGGCGUACCCUCAGACCCCAGUUACCCCAUGAAAUGUGAAGCUUGGACCAUGGAGGAGCCAGGUAGGACAACCAUCUGAGGGGUUAUCUCCUCAGCAUGAAGUUCAUAAACUCCAAACAUGGAGCUCAGUCCUCAUCGCUGACUGUGGAGCUCAGUCCAGGUCUAAGUCCACAUCCUCACACUCAGUGAUCAGGACUGAGGGAACAUGGGAACUUCUUCUAGGUGAGACCAUAAGUGAUCCUUUUAUCUCUAUCUGGUCUAACCUCCAGGUCCAGCCUUCGACCUGAGCUUCAGUGAGGUCAGGAGUCACUCUCUGGUCCUGCUGUGGAAAGCUCCCGUCUACACCGGAGGAAGUUCAGUCACUGGAUAUUUGGUGGACAUGGCCAAGAAGGGUUCGUCUGAGUUUGUGACUCUGACCCAGGAGGCUGUGAGCCACCGGUACCUGAACGUAAGAGACUCUCUGGACUCUCUGAGACCUGAAGAUGGACCAGCUGAUGAAACUGCGAGAAUUUUUAAAGAUGUUUUUACUUUUUCCUGCAGGUGAAAGAUCUGGUUGAAGGUGAAAGCUACGUGUUCAGAGUUCGUGCCGUUAAUUCGAAGGGUGUGGGUCAACCUUCUCAGGUGUCUGAGCCGGUCUGCGCCAGAGCUCUGCCAGGUGAGACUCUGAAACUCUGAAACUGAGUGUUCCUCAGCAGCAUGAUGAAUUCAACGCUGCAGUCCGGUGUUUCCUUGUGGACCCAAUUCUGGUUCAUAAGAAAUCUACAGAAACAAAAACGGAUUUUCUCUUAAAUGCAGAAAAUCGUUUUGUUCAUUAAAUGUUUGAAACAAAAAUCAAACAAAUCUCUGCAGUCGCUUCUUCACCUCAAAUCUCCAUGAAGAAAGUCAAACUUACUUGAAAACUCCUGAGAGGGUUUGUGUUGAUUCUGGCGCCCCCUGUCGUCCAUGAUUAUCCAUUACACGCUGAAGUCGUUUCCUCUGAUGUUCUUAACGUGGUUUCUGUCCUCAGGCACCAAGGAGAUCGUUGCUGGCGUGGACGAGGAGACCGGAGACGUCUUCCUGUCUCUGGAGGCCUGUGAGCUCUGCGACACGUCCAAGUUUAUCUGGUCCAAGAACUACAAACCCAUCGGAGACUGCCCCAGGGUCGCCAUGACAACCAAAGGCCGAACGUGAGUGAUCUCCACAGUCCUGAGCAGAGGCCUCAGACCGGCUCGUCACAUGUUAUAGUUUUUUUUCUUUGUCAGUGGGACAGAAACGCUCUAAAAUCCUCUAAAGUAACCGACAGAAUAAAUCCUGACUCGGUCCAGAAAAGUUCCUGUGUUGGUUUUUCAGAUCCAGACUGACCUUCACCAACCCCGAUAAAGACGAUUUGGGGAAAUACUCUGUGGUCGUCACGGACACAGACGGAGUCUCCGGCAGCCACACUCUGACGGAGGACGGUGGGUCAUGUGAUCAGCAGGGUGUUUAUGAUGUCCUGCUCUGAUUGGUUCUAAUGUUAGCGUACUUCUCUCUACAGCUCUGAACACCAUGCUGGAGCUCAGCUACGCCAUCAGACACCCCGGUGAGUGUUUGCGCGUCACCUGCAGACCUCCAUCAAUUUAAUGAAGUUCAUCUCCUGACCACGUCCUUCUGUCCUUACAGUGGUUCCUCUGAAACACGGGCUGAACUACGAGAUCUUGGAGAAGGGUCACGUACGCUUCUGGCUGCAGGCCGUCAAACUGUCGCCCUCCGUGUCCUACAGGUUCAUCGUGAACGACAAGGAGGUCACCAGUGGAGAGGUGAGUCCUCUUGAGAUUCAGAACUAGACCCACAAUCCUACUGUGGGCAACAACACUCAGUCAUUAGGUUCAUAUAACACAACACAGGAUGGAUGGAUGGAAGGAUGGUGGAUGAUAGAUGGUUAAUGGAUGAUGAAUGGAUGGAUAGAUAAUGAAUGGAUGGAUGGAUGAUGGCUAGGUGAUGGAAGGAUAGACGAUGGAUGGAUAGAUGAUGGAUGGAUGGAUGGAUGGAUGGAUGGAUAAAUGGAUGGAUGGAUGGAUGAUUGAUAGAUGGAUAGAAGGAUAGAUGGAUAAUAGAUGGAUGGAUAGAUGGAUAGAUUAUGGAUGGAUUGAUAGAUGAUGGCUGAAUGGAUGAUAGAUGACGGAUGAUAGAUGAUGGAUGGAUGGAUGCAUGGAUGGGUGGAUGGAUAGAUGAUAGAUAGAUGGAUGGAUAAUGGAUGGAUGGAUUGAUCGAUGGAUAGAUGGAUUGAUGGAUGGAUGGAUGGAUAGAUGAAAGAUAGAUGGAUGGAUAAUGGAUGGAUGGAUUGAUGGAUGGAUGGAUUGAUGGAUGGAUAGAUGAUGGAUGGAUGGAUGGAUUAAUAGAUGAUGGCUGAACGGAUGAUAGAUGACGGAUGAUUGAUGAUGGAUGGAUGGAUGGAUGGAUGGAUGAUGGAUGGAUGAAUGAUAGAAUGAACUGGAUGUUCUUUGAUUGGUUUUGUCGAUGAUCUUGUCGUCAUGGAGAUUCAAACUAAAUCAGUCAUCAUAUCUUUCACUCUGUUUGUGAUGAAUCUUGAAUAUCUGGAAGUUUCAUAUUUGCGCUGAUUCGUCUGUCGCGAUCGUGAUUUUUCCUCAGGGACAUAAGAUCAGUCACGACGUGGCCACAGGAGUCAUCCAGAUGACCGUGGAUCAUUUCACCAGAGCCAACGAGGGAACGUACACCGUCCAGGUCACUGACGGGAAGGCCAAAACCCAGAGCUCUCUGGUUCUGGUCGGAGACGGUGAGUGGGAAAGAGUAGAGGCUUAGCUGUGGUUCCUCCUCAGAAGAACUUUUGUCGGUUUGAAGGACGUUUCAGUAAUCCAGACUUUGGUUCUGUUGCAGUGUUCAAAGCUGCUCUGAAGGAAGCUGAGUUUCAGAGGAAGGAGCACAUCAGGAAGCAAGGUAAACAGAACCUGCAAACACUCGGGGUCCAUCUCUGUUUUUACCCAGAAUGCAUUGGUGCUGAUAUCGCCUGUUUGUCGCCUCAGGUCCUCACUUCUCCGAGUAUCUCUACUUCACCGUCACUGAGGACUGCACCGUCAUGCUGGCCUGCAAGGUAGAUGAAGUCUCCCCUUUUCUCCUGGGUCACUUCCUGUCAGAAAACGCUCCUCCCCCCUCACACUCGCCAUGUUUGUGUUUCAGGUGGCGAACGUGAAGAAGGAGUCGUCUUUCCACUGGUACAAAGAGGACGAUGAGAUUAUUCCAGAAACUCCUCCAAACGUCAUGUCUGGAGCCUGCGCUCUGCCCAUCCCCCUGGUAACUUCUCCAUCUUCUACUCCAUCAUCUGAAGUUCUUCAGCUGUGUCUGAAUGUUGAUGAUCUUUGUGUCUUUAGUUCUCAAGGAAGGACCAGGGCAUUUUUAAAGCCACCCUCAGUGACGACAGAGGAAAGGACACGUCUGUGUUUGACAUCUCAGGCCAAGGUGACUUCACUCACUUUGACCUUCGUUCUUCUUUAUUACGAGUGAACCGCUUUGAAGGUAUCUCAUCUUCUCCUAUCUCUCAUUUCAGUGUUUGACGACAUCAUCAACGCACUCGCCAAGGUCGCCGGUGAGUUGGAUCAGCUGUGAAUGAGAAGACUCACUUUGUGUUUCUCUCUGAGUCUUAUAAAUGUGUGUCCUCAGGAUCAGCGUCUUUGUUCUCCUGCAGCUGCGACAUGUCUCAGCCUGAAGGUCUGACUGUGUGUGCAGGAAACUAAAAAAAACACAGACUUAACCUUUAAAAAAAUGGCUGAACCAGCGAAAAAAAGGAGCCUGAGGUGCUCUGUGAACAAAGACGUAAAAAGUAACUGGUGUUGGGUUCAGGGACCGUAGAGAUGAUCUGAAAUCUAAAACAAACCGGGGUUUAAAAGAAUUGCAGUGUUAGUUUUUUCCAACAUCGUGGAGCCGUAAUCUGACUGUUUCCUUCAUUGUUCUCCAGGUGCGUCCGCCUCAGAACUGGUCCUGCAGUGUACCCCAGAGGGCAUCAGGCUGCAGUGCUACAUGAACUACUACACAGAGGAGAUGAAGACCGUCUGGAAACACAAGUACGUUCAGACUCUAACCUUCUCACCUGACUCCACCUGCUGCUCGUCAGGUGAAAAGGUUUCAAAUCACUGACUGCAGGUAAAGAUGGACACUGACUCCUGCUGCAUAAAAGUGAAGCCAACACAACUCCAAUAUGAGCCGAGGCGGGUUCAGCCGCUCAGUUCUGUUUCUGAUCUGAGAGUAACAGAAAAGGUGAUUGUUGGUAGAUUCCUGUUUGACUCAGAAAGAUGAAAAUAUUGAAGCUCACAGGUUCAGGAGUGAGAGUAGAAGAGCAGACAGACAAAAACCUGCAGCACUGUUUGGAUCUGUAUUUGGUGAACUGCUCCUUUAAAGUCGCUGAAGUUAACAGACAGCGGCGGAACAUUGACUAAACAACCCCGACAAGACGAAGCCUCAGUCUGAUCAGAGAAGUGUUUGUGUGUUAGUCGUCCAAUAAAAACACUCCCGCUGAUUUAUGAGGAGCGCUCCUCUUCAGAGAGCGGCGCUCCUCCUCCUCCAGUUCAGCUGCUCCUCAAACAUCUCUGAACGUCUGAACUCUGUGUCUGUGAAACUCCGCAGGGACAGUAAGAUCGCCUCCUCGGAGAAGAUGAGGAUCGGAGGAACAGCUGAGAUGGCCUGGAUGCAGAUCUGUGACCCCAGUGACAAGGAGAAGGGUCACUACGCCAUCGAGAUCUCUGAUGGCGUCAAGACUCACACCAGGACCUUUGACCUCUCCGGACAAGGUAACCAAAAACCCUGCUGUAUGUUCUGGUCUCUGUUAAAACUGUUAAAGAGUCUCAUUUACUCAGAACCAUCUCUGGAUUCAACUGUUGUCGUUCUGGAGUUUGAAUUUAUAUCAAGUUUCUAAAAUCUUGAACAAACAAGAAGACAAGAAUAAAGCCGAUAAAAAGAAUUAAGACUUUUUCUUCUUAAUUUACGAUCAAAGCUGCAAGUUGACGACUUUUCUCAAAAAUCCAAACUUCAAUCUUUUAAUUUCAGAUUUUUUUACUGAGUAAAAACUAAACGUACCUGAUAACUUACAUGUUUAUUUAUUAAAAAUUUAAUACUUAAAUCUACAUUAAUCACCUUUUUGGUAAAAUUUAGUUGUUGCUUUUGUUUUACCUCUUUCAUGUUAUUUGUAAAAUUCUUCUGUCACAACCUUUUAUUCAUAACAUUCUGAUUUUUUUGUUUUAAAACUUUUUUAAAUCAAAAACUUCAGAUUCAUUUCUCAUAAAAACCUGACUGUUUCUCAUUCUUUGUCUUUUCCUACAUUACAUUUCUUUACAUUUAGAUCCUGAUAAAUUUAAAACUUUAUUUUAAAACUUUCUUUUGUAAUUUUUUGACUUUUUUUUAAUAGAUGAAACAAUUAUUUUAUCAUGACUUUAUUCUCAUAAAUGUUAUUUAUCAUUUUCCUCUUUUUGUCGCAGGUUUACAAGUUAAUUCUGAUUGAUUCUGAUUUUGUUUCUAUAAACUCACAUUUUUUUUUACCUUUUUUUUUUUUGCAUCUUAAACCCUGAAAAUUUAAAACUCAUUUAGAAAAUCUGUACAUCUUUGGUUUUUUAAACACUUUUUUUCCUGUAAAUUUUCGACUUUUUCUCUUAAGUUAGUUUUUAUUUUUAUCCUGGUGUUUAAGUUGUUUUUUCUCGUUUUCAGCUUACACUGACGCCUAUGAAGAGUACCUGAGACUGAAGUGAGUUAUUUCACGGCGCAAACGUUAAACAUCAACACGAAUAUUGAGAUUAUUUUAAACUUACAUUUGUGUUUUUGUUUGUUUGUUUCUCGCCUUUCAGGGCAGCUGCAUUCGCUGAGAAGAGUGAGUAUUUGAAAAUCUGAUCUAGAGGAGGAAGUGUCAUCAGUGAGGAACUCUGCAUGUUUGUGAUGUUUCCACUGAAAAGAGGUCCGUCAGGUUUCAGAGUGCGAACAUCACAGAGAUGUUUGAACGUUGAGUAAAGACCAGGCAGCUUAAUGCAGGUCGAUUUGAGGUCGAGUUAUUUUCUCUGAAGUACAAACUGAGGUUCAGGUCUGACAGUUCAAAGACUGGAAGCUUCACAUUCCUCCUCCUGAACGUCUCCAUCUCAUAGAAACGCUGACAGAGCGUAAACGUGUGUUUGUUCCUGUAUGAAGGAGGAGUCGAGGUAACAAACGUUUGUCUUUUCUCUCCUCAGACCGCGGCAGAGUGGUCGGUGGUCUGCCUGAUGUUGUCACCAUCAUGGAGGAGAAGGUGAGAGACUUUCUGAUCAAACAUGGAAAUAUUAAUCCCUAACAGCUUUACCGCCGUCUCACAGAUAAACAAACUUCGUAGUUUAAAGUCUCCGUGACUCAAACCGCCAUCGUGGUUAUUCACAACUGAAAGGACAACGACGGGGAACUCUCCAGACAUUCUGGAUCCAUGAGGUUCAGAUCAGCUGUAAAGGUCUCUGUUAGGUCUCCGUUGACCCCGCUUCGCUCUCUCUCCUCUCCUCUCCAGUCUCUGAGCCUGACCUGCACCGUGUGGGGCGAGCCGACACCCGAGGUCUCCUGGUUCAAGAAUGACCAGGAAGUCGCCUCCACUGAGCACACCAAGGUCACGUUUGACGGCGGCAAGUUCGCCAGCCUCGUCAUCAACAAAGUCACCCCCGACGACUCCGGCAAGUACAGCAUCAACGUGCGGAACAAGUACGGCGGCGAGUUCGUGGAGAUCACAGUCAGUGUGUACCGACAUGGCGAGCAGUUACCCGAGCCCAAAAUGGGACAGGCCAAAACACCUGUCGCCACACCUGUCGCCACACCUGCAGCCACGCCUGUGCCGCCCAAGUCCCCCGCUCCUCCUUCCAAGACCCCAACCCCUACCCCCUCAAAGUCCCAGACCCCGAUGUCCAUGAAGAGCCCGACUCCAGCCUCCACCCCCGCUUCCACUCCCAUCCCUAAAUCCCCGACCCCGACCCCCAAGUCCCCGACUCCAUCUCGUGGCGUCAAGUCACCAACCCCGCCCAGGUUCAUGAAGUCACCUACCCCACCCAGGAAGUAA